AUAUAUAUAUAUAUAUAUAUAUUACAUAUAUGUAUAUGUAUUAUGUCCAGGCAUUCCUGCCGGUAGAGUGUUCAAGGGAAAGAUCAUGUAUUUUUGUUUAAAAAAUUCCCCGAUGAGAUAUAACAGAGGUUGUCGCUUAUAUAUAUAUAUACAAAUGCCCAACAGCAAAACAUUCAUUUUAUUUGAUCAUCGUAAUAAUUAAAUUAAUCCUUGCAAUAACUAAAGACAAAAUCAGCAACGUAAACUUCUCCAUCUCUGCAGAACGUUAUUGAAAACAUAUUACUAAAUUACGGGAUUACUUAUUUUAAUCUAAUAAUACGAGCGAUUUUAUUAUGAAGUAGGAUAACUUAUGUAUGUUGUAUGUAAAUGAGUUGGCUGUACAAUUGAAAGUCUCACAAAAUAUAUAACACUGCAAGAAAACUGGAAGACUCCUCGAUUUUCUGUCGUAGGAAAUGAACAUGUAUCGUCUCCUUCCUGCGUGCUCGAGUAUAUCUAACGGCCCUUUUUAACCACGAUUUAUGGCACUCCGGUAUCUACAUACGAGAAAACUGGUUGCUGUAUUUUGAUACCGUGCGAGUACUUAAAAGUCCCCAACGACACGCACCGUUUUUCGUACACGUCUUACAUUUGUUGCGAGUGCACGAUGAGAUUCUUCAUAUUUUUCGCUUUCGCCGUUCUCAUCGGCGUUCAUUGUUCCGGAGAUUUGAACAGCGUAUCUCAGGAGGCUGGAGAGAAUGUAGAUUAUCAGAGCUAUCAAGAUCUUGAUGCGUUUCUUUCCGAGGAAUGCGAGGAACACGAGGAGUACAGCGAAUGUUUCGGGGACCCGACCUGUCGGAAGACAUGCGAGAAUAUAGACCGCUGGGAGACGAUGGCUUGCGUCAGAACAAAGAUCUGUAUUCGGGGCUGCGUCUGCGAGGAUGGUUACGUGCGGAACGAUCGCGACGUGUGCGUCAGAGAAGCCAACUGUCCCCAAAUACGACAUUAAGGAUAACUCUGCAAAAACGAGCUCGGAUAAAUCAUGGUGAACGCGAGGAAAAGAGCGGAUUAAAACGCCUGCCGUAGCUAUUUGCUUUCGUCGAGUUUUUCGUCGAUCUCUUUAGGGCCGUCGUCUUUAAAGCCACUUGCGUGUGUAAUUCUUCAACAUGAUUAUAUAUAAAUGUAUAUGUAUACAUAAUCGAGUGAUUCAACGCAAAUGAAUCUUGUCGACGUCUCGAAAUAAAAACGAUUACCGAGGGAAUGCCGCGAUAUAAUUUAAAUUGGAUAAAUUA